AUGGCUCCACUGAAGAAGCGUAAAGGGAGUUUCGAAAGGACUCCAUUAAACGAUGAAAUAAUAUCGAUAUCGAGUACUUCAAAGAUGCAGUCCAAGACGAACAAGAAAUGUGAUGACCAAAUACCAGUCAUAGUUGAAGCAAACGGGAUUACGAAUGACUUUUCAACGAAGAAUAAGAGCAAGAGAGGGAAAGUGAUAAUGGAGGGGUCACGGUGCAGCCGAAUAAACGGGCGAGGGUGGCGGUGCCACCAGCCGACACUUGUCGGCUACUCUUUGUGUGAGCAUCAUUUGGGGAAGGGGCGGCUGAGAAGUGUGGCUGCCAAUCGGCAAGUGCCGGAAAUGAGUGGGCUGCCACCUUUGUCGGAGGCUGAGCAGCCGGCUUUGACGGUCAGGAAGAAGAGGAAUAAGGUUGGGGUGGUGAAAGCUAGAUCGAUGAGCAGCUUGCUAAGCCAGAUUUGA